AUGUUUGCUUUUAAAAGAACGUUUGGGAAAGUCUCUAAUUUACGUUACCAAGCUGUUCGAUUAGGAAAAAGAAGGGCAAGCGGCCACAGUGACCACGGCCACCAUGAACCAGAGUGGAAUGAGCCAAGUGGUCAUUUAUUUGGUGAAAAGCCAUUACCACCAGGUCAAAAACGCGUUAAAGAAGAUUGGGAAAAUGUUUGGGUGUAUGGCAUGGGUGGUUGUUUUUUACUGGCAACCAUUAUCGCUAUUUAUAAACCAGAUACUAGUGUACAAUCUUGGGCAUUAAUAGAAGCUCAAAAAAGAUUAGAUGAACGUAAAGUAUUAGAAUAUCCCCAUACUGAAAGGAAAUUCGAGUCUGUUGUGGCGAAAAAUAACCGUCAUAAUGGAGGUCAAAUGACAGGUCUAUAUUUAUCUCGGAUGCGUGACGUUUUAAAUUUAUGA